GAGAGUGAGAAGUUCAUUUCUACCUGCUGCUGUCAUGAAGAUUAUUCAAAACAGGAUCCUGCAUCUGAAUUUGAGUGUAAUCCUUACUUUACUGACCAAUGCAGAUUAUUCAAUAUCCAAUCAAGAGCCAAUGAUUAAGCAGCACAUCAACAAAACAGUGUUUACGGGGGAUACAGUUACACUUCACUGCAACAAAACCACAUAUGAUGAUGAUUUCACAUGGAAAAUGAACAGCUUCGUGAUUUUUAGGCAGGACCGUGAAAGUAACAGAACAAUGAGAAACUUCAGCUCAAACAGGAUUCACAUCGACCCAGCAGCUCCAAGAGAGUUAACAAUACAACAAAUACAAGCGUCUGAUGCAGGAAACUACAGCUGUUACCCAGCAGCAAUAAGAUGGACAUUAACAAUAACAGAAAACCAGAUCAGACAACAAUCACUCAAACAAAUGCCGCUGUACAUCAUCCUCAUUUCAUGUUCUGGAGUCCUUAUGAUCUGUCUAAUUAUGACAAUCAGCAUCUGCAUUCACAGGAAAUGUAAAAACAGCAUACAGAAUAGCAGAGAAAUGGGACAGGACUUUUCACAGGGACCGGUGGGAGGAAGGAUACAGACUCAAAACAGUCAGUACUUUGAAAGAUAUAACUCUGUGUAUGGACAAUUAUGAAAUUAUUAUUUUUGUUCAUUUGUUUUUUUCAACAAGAACAAGAAAAUGUUUAGUAACUUUUGAAUGUGAUUAAUAUUAAAAUGUGAACGAAAAAGCUCUCUAAUGUACUAAUUUGUAUUUUAUGUUUGUUUAUGUCCACUGCAGAACAUAAAAGAGAAACAUCAUCAGUGUUUUUUUCAACGUUUAGCAACAUAUUAGUAGUACUUUAGUAUAGGAAUCAAUUCUUACUAUUAACUAGUUGCUUAUCAGCAUGUAUAUUACUACCGUAUUGCUGUUUAUAGUACUUACAUGUUCUGUCUGAUCAGGGUUAAGACAUUAAUGUGUUUUUUUGCAGUGAGAGUGAGAUUUUUUAAAAUUGUUUUCUAUUGGCAGUGAGUUUUUGGCAUGCUGUUUAUGUCCCCCGGGCACCUCGUGUGUCAGCCACCUGCUGUGCCUUGCGUAUUUAUAGGAGUGCUUUGAACGCCUGAAGUUUAAAAAUACAAAUAAAAAAAAUCAACUCUGGGUGGAAAAGCAUGCAAUGUCAUUUGCAUUUUUUUUUCAUUGACCAAUCAAAUGAAU